AUGUUUUUCUCAGCAGAUGCACAAAACAGGUCCAUGGAAAGGGAUAGAAAUCACACUUCUGUGGCCGUGUUUGUUCUCCUGGGACUCUCAGAUGAUAAAGAGCUGCAGCUCAUCCUCUUUCCAGUCCUCCUAGGGAUCUACCUCGUGACCCUAAUCUGGAACCUGGGUCUUAUCAUCCUAAUCAGGAUGGACUCUCACCUCCGUACACCUAUGUACUUUUUUUUCAGUUUCCUGUCUUUUAUUGACAUCAGCUAUUCUUCUUCCAUAACCCCAAGGAUGCUUUCAGAUUUCUUAAAAGUUGAACAAACCAUUUCCUUCAUAGCCUGUGCCACCCAGUACUUUGUUGGAUCCUGGAUGGGCCUGAGUGAGUGCUGCCUCUUGGCCGUCAUGGCCUAUGACAGGUGUGUUGCUAUUGGCAGCCCUCUGCAGUACUCAUCCAUCAUGGCCCCUGGCCUCUGCCAGAGGAUGGUUGCUGGGGCCUUUGGGAGUGGUUUCCUUAGUAGCUUAGUUCAAACUGUCCCUUGCUUUCAUCUUGACUUCUGUGGGUCAAAUAUCAUUCAGCAUUUCUUCUGUGACAUACCUCAGAUAAUUUCCUUGUCUUGCUCCAAUCCUUUCAUCAGCCAAAUGAUACUUUUUCUGGUAGCUAUGUUUUUUGGAAUUGGUUCUUUGCUUAUUAUCCUCUUAUCCUAUGUCUUCAUUGCAGUUUCCAUUCUGAAAAUAUCCUCCAUCAAAGGUAGUGUCAAGGCGUUCAAUACCUGCUCUUCUCACCUGGCAGUUGUGACACUCUUCUAUGGCACAGGCCUCUCUGUGUACAUGCUUCCUAGCUCUAGCCACCCCAAGAAGCAGGACAAGAUGCUGUCUGUGUUCUAUGUUAUCCUUAUCCCCAUGUUAAAUUCUCUCAUAUAUAGUCUGAGGAACAAGGAGAUCAAAGAGGUCCUCAAGAGAGGAAUAAAAAGGGCCACACAUUUUCCUGAGUAA